AUGGAACUAACGAUCAUGGUGAACUCAACAUAUUUCACUACUAUUAUACUGACUGGCUACCUUGAUGUAGCACAGGCUAACUACUAUUAUUUUGCGCUUUUAAUAAUAUUAUACAUAACAAUCAUAUUAGCAAAUUCACUACUUAUUGGUGUAAUUGUUGUAGAGAGUUCCUUACAUGAACCUAUGUAUAUUUUACUUUGUUGUUUGUUUUUUAAUGAAUUAUAUGGGAGUGCUGCAUUUUUCCCCUUUAUUUUAAACAAUUUAUUAAACACAUCCCAUGAAUUUACACUUGGUUCUUGUUAUGUACAGAUAUUUUUUCUGUACACAUAUGGAUCUGUGGAAUUUGGAAGUUUAGCAGUUAUGUCAUUGGACAGGUAUAUGGCUAUCUGUCAUCCUUUUUUAUAUAGGAGUGUAGUUACUUGUAAUAGGGUGUGCAUAUUGAUUGCACUGGUUUGGCUUGUGUCUAUCUUAAAUAUAACUAUAAAUAUUAGUUUAAGUUCACCCUUAAAGUUAUGUGGAAAUGUAAUCGAGAAAGUGUAUUGUGACAACUUUCUUCUUGUGAAACUUGCUUGCUCUGAUACCAGUGUGAAUAACAUUUAUGGUAUAAUUGGUUCCAUAGUCAACAUAAUUCUUCCCUCUCUGCUUAUUGUAUAUUCAUACAUGAAGAUUUUAAGAGUUUGCUUAAAUUCCUCUGUAGAGACAACCCAAAAGGCCAUGACCACCUGUAUUCCACAACUUUUUUCAUUCUUAAAUUUCUUUCUUGGCUGUUCAUUUGAGAUUUUCUCAAGUAGAUUUGAAAAGGUAAAAAUGCCUUAUAUGUUGCGUGUAAUAAUUUCAGUAUAUUUUGUGAUCUGUCCACCAUUUCUUAAUCCUAUUAUGUAUGGUAUAAGGCUAUCUAAGAUAAAGUCUGCUGUUAAAAAACAUUUCAGGUACUUUCAACAGCCUCUGAAAUCAGUGCAGAAUUAA